AUGUCUUCAAAUUCAAUCUUUGAUAGUUACCAAUACAAUCAAUGCAAAAAGCGCCACACCAAUUUAAAAAAAGUCAAGAGUUGUAGAGCUCAAUGUUUUAAGAACCGUCAUAGAAGACAUAAUGAUAUCCAGACUUCACAGACCACGCUUGUUCCUGGACAAGUCAGUGUUGUUUUGAACACUGUCUCGAAUGACACUAUCGACAGAGAACAUGCUGAUGCAAUCAAAGAUCAGAUCAUGGAUACACUCAACAGCAAAGAUAACGAUGAUCCAAUUAUGAAUAUCUUUAGUAAUGAUGAUAAUGAUAAGUCUAUGUAUGAUGCGGAACUUGGCAACAACAUGGAUAUCAUUGAAAACGAAACAUCUCCUUUGGUUUUUGACUUCAGUCAGCCUGCACCUACCCUUGACAAAGAUGCCACAAAGAACCUUGAGUUUCUCAAUAUCAUUAAGGAUUUUAGUAUCUCCCGCAAUGCCUAUGAAAUGAUAGUCAAGCAUUUCAACAGCAUUUUGGAAACGUCGACAUGUAUUACAUACAGAGCAUGUACUCCUCAUCUUGGCAAAAAGCUUUUGAAGCGAUUCUCUGAUGUUGAAGAGAUAGUCCAUGAUAUCUGUCAGAGGGGAUGUAUGCUCUUUACCAGUCCAUCCCAGACUGAGUGCUCCAACUGUGGACAAAGCCAAACUUUGCCCAGCAUCAAUAUCUAUAUGCUGGAAAGUUUCCAGAAUUUUUCCCAGGCCAGUGCAUCCAGCCGCAAAGGAUUAAACGGACAAUCCCCCUUGGCAACAUUGAAGGUAUUCUCUGGAUCAUUGUUUUUUGCCCUUGAUGAGAUGCAUGGACUUUGCCAUGGAAUAAGCAAGCAGGUCUGGGGUUUGGUUUCUGGUAUCUAUGGAACAGAUCAUUGUUUUGCUCUUUCUUCUGGUGUUUGGAAGGAGAUCGGUACAGCAAUGUACAAAACAAGAAAUAUCAUCUCUACAUCCUUCCAUGGUAAUUGGAGGGAUGUAUACAAGAACCCUGGGUUGUUCAAGGCCAUCAAUUGGGCAGACUUUCUUCUGUUUGUCGUCCCUAUGCUGGUGGCAGAGUGUAUUGGAGAUGCAACUGCCCAGAAUGCUAAACUUGAAAUAUGGAACAUGUAUCUGGAAUCGCUGCUUACAAGUGGAAAAAUCAAAAUCAAUAUUUUCACUAUAAACCAGCAUCUUCUUCAGCACUAUCCUCUCAUGAUUGACGCAUACGGCCCACCUCGUGCAUAUAGCGCCAGAUCCAUGGAACGGGCAAUUGGUGAAUACUCAAGGGCUAUCAAGAGUAAUUCUGCUAUAAAUGUUAACACUGGCAAUAUCAUGCUUGGCUUAGCACAAAUACGACAAGCAGAGGCCAGAGCUACUGUUAUGAUUACAGAAGCAAGAACAGCACGACACUUACAAUAUGAAGAUUCCACUGCUGGUUGGCCAUUGGCAGAUGAGGGUAAGCAUGUUGGUGCUGGGUCUGAUAUUGAGUUCUGGGGGCCUUUGAGGAAUAGAACAAUCCGAGAUAGUUUUGAAGGCAUUUCUUGUCUUUCAAAACUUCUUGAAGACUUCUACAAAUCAAAGGGGGAAGAGUGUAGUAUGAUUGAAGCAGCUAUACAAACUAGCCGCAAGGCAUUUGUCAAUGGUUGUGUGAUUGACUCUGCACUCCACCAAAAUUGUGUAAGGGAGGCACAUAACAUCAGAUUACAGAUUCAGAUUGAUGAAAACCACAAUAUACAUUCUGCAUACUCUCCGGUUUACAAGAAUUUCUUUGGGAAAGUUGUUGUCUUCUUUGAGCACAAGCUCAACAACAAGAGGUGGCUGCUUGCUCUUGUAGAGAUUGCGGCAGUCCAUUUGGUAAAUGGUAUACCAGUUGUUAAUCAUGGGCAAAUGAAGCCAAAGGUAGUUCAUCUGGCAGAUGUCAAAGAAUUGGUUGGUUUGCAAAAAGUUAUGUUUUCUUCUCUUUUACCUCUGACUUUUAAUAGUCAUCAAUUGCAAUCUACAUUUACUAAAAAUGUAAACACACCCACUGAUUUUUUUUCAUUUAUGGUAAUUUCAAGGGUGCCGAAUGAUUUUAUUGGCUUAGAGAGUGAAUCUUUAGCUUAA